AGGAAGGGGCAGUGUGAGGUCACAGGAAGGGGCUUUUUGAAGUCACAGAAAGGGAUCGCGUGAUGCCACAGAAAGGGGUGGUGUGUUGCCACAGUUAGGGGCCAUGGGGAGUCACAGGAAGGGGCUGUGUGAAGUUACAGGAAAGAGCAGUGUGAAGCCACAGGAAGAGGCUUUGUGAGGCCACAGGAAAAGGCAUGAGAAGCCGCAGGAAGGGGCAGGGGGAUGUCAAUGGAAGAGGCAGUGUAAAGCACAGAAAGUGGCUGUGGGAAGUCCCAGUAACGGGCUCUGUGAGGUCACAGAUCAUGGCAGUGCAAUGUCACAGGGAGGGGCAAUGUGGGAAGGAGCAGUGGGGAGUCAUAGAAAGGGACAGUAUGAAGUCACCAGAAGGGGAAGUGUGAAGCCAUCAGAAGGGAAAGUGUAAAGUCAUAAGAAGGGGCAGUGUGAAGCCACAGAAGGGAUAGUAUGACAUCAUAGGAAGAGGCAGUGUGAAGCCACAGGAAGGGACUGUGUGAAGUCACAGGGAGGGGCAGUGUGAGGCCACAGGAAGGGACUGUGUGAAGCCACAGGUAACAGCCAUGCAAAGCCACAGGAAGGGGCAAUGUGAAGUCACAGGAAGGGAAGAGGGAAGCCACAGGAAGGGGCAGUGUGAAGUCACAGGAAAGUGGCUGUGUGAAGCCACAGAAAGGGGCAGUGUGAAGUCACAGGAAGGGGCAGUGAGGUCACAGGAAGAGGUUAUGUGAUGUGACAGAAAAGGGCUUUGUGAGGCCGUGGGAAGAAGCAGUGUGGAGCCAUAUGAAGGGACUGUGUAGAGUCACAGGAUGGGGGUGUAUGAUACCACAGGAAGGGAUAUGGGAAAUCACAGGAACAGUCAAUGGGAAGUCACAGGGAGGGGCAGAGGGAAGUCAUAGGAAGGGGUGAUGUGAAGUAACAGGAGGAGCUUUUUGAAGUCACAGGAAGGGCCAGUGUGAAGCCACAAGAAGAAACCAUGUGAAGUCAAAGAAGGGGUAGUGUGACAUCACAGGAAGAGGCAGUAUGAAGCCACAGGGUGGGCAAUGUGAGGCCAAAGGAGGGGCAUUGUGGAGCCAGAGGAAGGGGCAUUGGGAAGUCAUAGGAAGGGGCUGCUUGAAGCUGCAGUAUGGGACAGUGGGAAGUCACAAUGAGGGGCUGUGUGGUGCCACUGGAAGGGGCUGUAUGAGGUCACCAGAAGUGGCAAUGUGAGGUUGCAGAAAGGGGCUGUGGAAAGUCAUAGUAAUGGACAGUGUGAAGUCACAGGAAGUGACUAUGUGAAGUCACAGGAAGUGGCAGUGUGAAGUCAUAGGAGGGGAAGUGUGAAGUCAUAGAAAGGGCAGUGUGAAGCCACAGGUAGGGUUCUGUGUGAAGCCAGAGGAAGGGGCAGUGUGAAGUCAUAGGAAGGGACAGUGUGAAGUCACAGAAAGUGACUGUGUGAAGUCAUAGGAAGUGGCAGUGUAAACUCAUAGGAGGGGGAAAUGUGAAGUCAUAGGAAGGGGCAGUGUGAAGUCAUAGGAAGGGCAGUGUGAAGUCACAGGUAGGGUUCUGUUUGAAGCCACAGGGCGGGGCUGUGGGAAGUCAGUUAGGGUCAGUGUGAGGCUCAGGAAUGGGCAGUAGGAAGUCACAGGAAAGGUCGGUGUGACAUCACAGGGAGAGGAAUGUGAGGCCACAGUAAGGGGCAGUGGAAGUCAUAGGAAGGGGCAGUAUGAAGUCCCGGGAAGGAGCUGUCUGAAGCUAUUGGAUGGGGCUAUAUGAAGUCAUAUGAAGGGGCUGUGUGAGGUCACAGAAAAGGGCUGUGUGAGGUCACAGGAAGUGGCAGUGUGAGUUUACAGGAAGAGGCAGUGUGAAGCCAUGGGAAGGGGCAGUGGGAUAUAACAGGAAGAGGUAGUAGGAGGCCACAGGAAGAGGUAGUGUGAAGCCACAGGAAGGGGCAGUGUGAGGUCACAGGAGGAGGCCUUGUGAGGUCACAGGCAGGGGCUGUGUGAGGCUCCAGGAAAUCAAAGGGAGGGGUACUGUGAAGUCACAGGAAGAGGCUGUGUGAAGUCUCAGGAAAGGAUGGUGUGAAGUCAUAGGAAGCGGCUGUGUGAAGUCACAGGAAGGGGCAGUGGGAAGUCACAGGAAGAGGCUGUGAAGUCACAGAAAGGGGCAGUGUGAUGUCACAGGAAGGAACAGUGUGAAGACAUAGGGAGGUGCAGUGUGAAGCCACAGGAAGGGAGGGUCUGUGUGAGAACAAAGGAAGGGGCUUUGUGAAGCCACAGGAAGGGGCAGUGUGAAGCCACAAGAAGGAGCAGUGUGAAGUCCCAGGAAGAAAUGGUGUGAAGUCACAGGAUGGGGCAGUGUGAAUUUACAGGAAGGGGCAGUGUGAAGUCAGAAAGGGGCAGUGUGAAGACACUGGAAGGGGCCAUGUGAGGCCACAGGAAAGGGCAGUGGGAAGUCACAGAAAGGCUGUGAAGGCACAGGAAGAGACCAUGUGAGGCCACAGGAAGGGGCAGUGGGAAGUCACAGGAAGGAGCAGGGCUGUGUGAAGUCACAGGGAGGAAAAGUGUGAAGUCACAGAAAGGGGCUGUGUGAAGCCACAGGAAGAGGCUGUGUGAGGCCACAGGAAGGGGCAAUGUGAGGUCACAGGUAGAGACAGUGUGAAGCCACGGAGGGGCAGUGUGAAGCCACAGGAGGUGGCCAUGUGAAGUCACAGGAAGAGGCUGUGUGAUGUCAAAGGAAGGGCUGUGUGAAGUCACAGGAAGGGCUUUCUGAGGUCACAGAAACUGGCUGUAUUUAGUCACUUGGAAGGGCUGUGUGAAGUUACAAGAAAUUGUUGAACGAGACAGCAAAAAUUGCAGCAAAAUCCCAGGUUUCUUCCUCAUGCUUAGCACCUCCCUAUACUCACAUCUUUAUCUCAAGACUCUGGAUUCUUCCCUCAUCAUUGUGUGUGAAGUGAAAAGUACAUGGGCUACUGGAAAAACUAAAAUCUUGCCUGCCCCUAAUCUGAAUUUCUGCCAUCGUCACGUUAUCAUAUUAGCACAUUUGUUGUAGGGUUUUGAGAGCUCCUGGCACAUGGCAUGUGCUCAGUAAGUGGUCAUUUUUAUUGGGAUCUGCUAUGUCCCCUCAUAAAUUAGAUGUUUUCAAUUUCCUAGCCGAUAGUCUGGAGAAUUCUCGACAUGGAACUGGGGCACCAUCUGGUUCCGGAAUGAGCAGGAGGCACAGAACCUGCCUGGUUUCGAUAUCAAGCCCUAGACUAAUUUGAGGUCACGGAUUAUUAGAAAGCUGCCUCUGAUGCUGCCUCUCAAAUAUGCCCAGUUUGGAGUGUAUCAAAUGGUGGCAUUUUCUCAUUGAUAUUCCUCUAUUUCUCAAAUAAAGAAUAAAAGAGGACAAGAGACAUAGCAAAGCUGUUUUCAUUUUGAAUGAAAAACAUUCAGCCUAAAAACAUUUUUAUUUUUCCUCAAUUUGUCCUAAUACAAAAAGGUUGCAACCUGCCUUUGACCUCAUUCAAGCCUCACUUUAUGGAUGGACUGAUCAGUCCUGAACAGAUAAGCCUCCUUUGAGACAGGGCCCACCCCUAAGACCUAGUGUAGUCUGUUGGAAUCAGGGCUGGAGCAGGGGCUUUAGGUGGCAGCUUCUUCCUAGGGUGGCACAGCAACUAGGUCAGCUAGCUCUGAAGCCAGACUGCCUGGGUUCAUGCCCAGGUGCUGCCCUUAUCAGCAGUGUGAGCCUUGGGCCUCUCUGAUUCUUUUUUUUGAGACGGAGUUUCGCUCUUGUUACCCAGGCUGGAGAGCAAUGGCGCGAUCUCGGCUCACUGCAACCUCCGCCUCCUUGGUUCAAGCAAUUCUCCUGCCUCAGCCUCCUGAGUAGCUGAGAUUACAGGCAUGUGCCACCAUGCCCAGCUAAUUUUUUGUAUUUUUAGUAGAGACGGGGUUUCACCAUGUUGACCACAAUGGUCUCAAUCUCUUGACCUCGUGAUCCACCCUCUCUGAUUCUUUAUGCAUGAUUUUCCUCACUGUAAAAUAAGGAUGGUAACAGUUGUACAUAUCUCAUAAGUUGGGAGUGAGCAUUAAAUUAGAAGUAAGGUUUUCAAGCAGUCUCAGGCACGCAGCAAAUGCUGAAUCAAUGUUAUUUAUCAUUCCUUUGGUUUUCUUUCUUUUUCCUGGAAUUGGCUGAGCCAGAAAUUACAGGGGCAAAAGUCUCCUCUUGUCUUUAAGUUGCUGAUGUGGAAGGAAAAAUCAAAGCCCUCGGAUGGAGCUGAGCAAGGGAGCCUGGCCUGGUGGUAGCCUUGGAGACAGGCUGCCUGUUAUUCCACCCACAGUGGAGCAAACAGCCCAGCCUCCCAGAACCCAGCAGAUCUGACCGGAGAGGGAAGCUGUGCCUGUUGCCUUUGCCCAGAGGCCAGUUCAGCUCUCCCUGCCUGGGGUCUGACUUUGGGAAAUCAAGGAAAGCAGGGUUGCCCGCUGGGUUCCUCCCAGGACUGGGACAUGUGGUUUUAAUCUAACCCUCUGACAGUCUGCUCGUGUAUUCCCUUUCACUCCAGCCAUAGUUUUGUUAUGACAAACUGCAGUUUAAGAAACGGAACAGAAAGUCCAAAUUCCCAAAUCUUUGCCAGCUUCACUCAGAGUCUAAGAAGUGAUGAAUCAGGCAGGGUGGCUGUUUAGAAGGGGGCAAAGUUGGGGAACAGAAACUAAGGGGUUGUCACACCUUUAGUGAUGACUCCAGAGUCAGACCCAAGUUCAGUUUUUAUCACACACACACACACACACACACACACACACACCCAUCAUAUGACUUCCCUCUACCCCUUCUCCCACCCAGAAAAACUCUCAAGAAAACACUUUACAAGUGCUUUGUGAUUUUGUGUCUGGAUAGGGAGAAGAACAUAUGACCUCUGUCUUCUCUCCAUCUUCCUGCCCAGCACGUUAUCCUAUCGUCUGUGGCAGUUUGGUGGAGGAGCAGAUUUUGUCAUCCUUUUUUGAUGUCUGGUAGUUGAGGAAAGAUGACUUAGCCUCUGUCUCUGCCAGUGAGUCCCUGGGCAACAGCCGACUGCAGUCAUAUUUGUAAGCAGUGGGGGUGUCAGGGUGUAGAGUGGUGCAGGGUGUAGAGGCAGUCUCUGAGGGAGGGUAAAGCUGUAGUGCCAGACUAUCAGGAAAGAUCUUGACUUGAUUUCCUCAAAGAAGAGCAUUCCUUUCCUUAUAGAAAAGAGGAAAAUCUCCUGCUGCAUAUUACAGUACAAUCUGUAAACUGUAAGCACACAGUCCUUUCCUCCAAGUGUCCCUGUUUCUCAAGCUGUCUCUGUGCAAAGUUCAUUUGUAUUAAACCUUUUCAGAAAAGUUAUUCCUAAAAGGCCUCCAUUUGACAGAAGGCUCCCUCCAUCCCAUCUUACUGGAGAAACUGGUUCAAGAGAUACAUCCGUGACUGGGUUACACCAUCAUCCUCAUUACAGCCUAAGCCCUAUUGUAGAGACAGUACCACACUCUUUUUAACUGAGGGAGGGGUGCUAGGCUUCAUUGCUAACCUGCCUUCCUGUUAUCUGACCAAGGGCACACAUUGAGCCCAAGAGAUGCCACCAAAAGCUGUGUAUUAGUUGGGGUUUGCUGUAAUAAUGCUGCAUAGCCAACAGCCUCACAGUCUCAACAGCUAACCCAAACAUAUGCCUGUAUCUUGGUUACAGGAGUUGGCAUGGCUGGGUUGGCUCUAGGCUGGAGGUUGAGUUCAGGUUUGCUCCAGGUGCUUUACCUGGGGCAAGCUCUUCUCAUGGUGAGGACAUAAUUGCAAGGAGGCAAACCAAACCACACAGCACAUUUAAAGCCUUCAAAAGGACAUGGUAUAUGUUACGUCCACUCACAUCCCAGUAGUGAAACAAGUCACACGGCCAAGGCCAAAGAGAGUAGGCAGGGAAGUAGACUGCAUCUGCAGUGCAACUAUGGCAAGGUAGGAAGAAUUGUGGACAAAUAAUGCCAUUAAGGACACAGCCCUUGAUGGUUAGAACUUCCUGGUUGAGAGCAGUUUUCACCCUGGUGGAGGCGAUGGCAGGGAGUUUGGAGGUUGCUCCUGUCCCCUGCCUCAUACAGUUCCCCAGCUUCUCAGUGGGCUGGGCUCCUUCAGGCAGAACUCUCCUGGCUUCCCUUCCUGCAACUGCUAGGCAGCCCCAACCCUGCUCUUGUCAGAAUCUCAGUCUUCCCCUUUAACUCCCUUGACAUACCUCCCUUCUGGCUCCCACGCUUUCCCUCCUCAUCCUCCCAUGUGAUUUUAAAAGGCCAAGACAUUUUUUCCUGUUCCAACCUGGUUAUCUUUGGAAGCACCUUCAGCAGACAAUGAGAACUUUCUCACUGCCCAGGUGGCCUGCUCCUGGCCCACGCUUGUGGUUUUACAAGGAAAGAGCUUCUCUUUCUGCCUCUACCUUCAGUUAUGCUCCCAGAUAUCCCCACUUAUCCUCUGACUUUUACAAUAAGCCAAUACCCAGGAAGAGGAGUAUUUUCAGAUUCCCGAAAGGUAGUCUGUAUCCAGAAGUGGGGACAGAAUAUCCCUGAUCCCACCACUCAUGUAAAUAUUCCCAACCAUGUAGUGGCCUUUUAUAUACUUUGACUCAUUUAUUUCUUAUGCCAACUCCUGGAGGGAAAAGAUAUCUCAUUCUCCCCAUUUUAUAGCUAAGAAAAAGAGGCAGAGAGGUUGUGUGACUUGCGUAUUACAACACAGCUCAGAAGGGCAGAAGCAGAACUCAGAGAUGUGUUCCCCGAAACCUGUGUGUCUAUUUCUCUGGCUACCUGCUGCUGUUUUCAUUGCUCCUUCUCUGCAACUGUGGGUGGAUAGGACUGUUAGGCUUAUAGGCAUCUUUUCUGAGGAAUUAAGGAGGAGUACUGGUGAAGGGGUGGGAAGUGGGGCUUGAUGGGGAAGGAGAAAUAGGGUAGCUAUAGAACCAGACAGCGAAGGUAACUCCAUUUCUCCUUCCCACCUGCCAUGAUCAUUGCAGGGCAGAAAAGACAGGGUGUGUAACUUGGAUGGUUAGAAUGGAGGGAAGAGGUGUGGCCGCCCCCCAGCAUGUCUGCAGUGACAGGGUGUGGCCGCCCCCCAGCAUGUCUGCAGUGACAGGGUGUGGCCGCCCCCCAGCAUGUCUGCAGUGACAGGGUGUGGCCGCCCCCCAGCAUGUCUGCAGUGACAGGGUCACUUUGAAUCUCACUGGCAAACUUUCUAGCAGAGUGUGCUUCAUUCCCCUUUCUUGCUUUCUCUAAUGUACUCUUUAUUAUUCAGCUGAAUAUUCCUCUUCAGAUGAUGUUUUUUUCAGUCUGAUCAAAGCUGCUUUUCUUUUCCCAAAGCUUUCCUUGGGUGGCCCUGCCUAGGACAUCUGCUCAUGGCCAUUUUGAACCUUUCUGUCUGCCCAACUGCACAACUGCCAACUUUCCCCGGGUUUUCUGAAGCCAAGUGAGGCUGAGAGAAGGAUCAAAACAGCCUGUCUUCUUGAAACAUAUUUAAAAGAUGAUUUAUUUUUCCCUAGUGAUAUCCAAUACUUUAGGAAUUCAACACAUUUUUUAUCUUAGAAGAAAGAAGAAAAAAACAAGCCAAAUUGUUCAUGGCCAUUUCCCCUUUUAGUGUUAAUUUAAAAUGUUGGUAUUCUUGCCAGCUAUGUGGCCCUGGGCACACAUUAGCGCUCUGGACCUUUCUGUUUUCUCAGCUGUAAAAUAGGAAUUAUAUAAUUCCUAUUUCUCUAGGUUGUUGUGAGAAUUAAAGGGGAUAGUAAUUUAUGUAUGAUGAAAGGGUAAGGGCAAUGAGAAGACGUGGGGCCCAACAACUUCCUCUCUUGGCAUUUCUUCUAUAGAAAUAUUUAGAUUCUUUCCAAGAACUGCAUGUAUUGGAUGCUCAGUGCAAUAUUGUUUGUCACAGUAAAAAAACUGGAGAUGGUCUAAAUAUCCUUCUGUUGAGGAAUGGAUAAAGAAAUCAUGGCACAUUUCCACUGUGAAAUAUUAUGCAGCAGUUAAAAAGGGUAAAGCACCUCUAUGUGGAGAGAUGGGGGAAAGCUUCAGGGCCUCUUAUGUCAAUCAAAGCCAGUUAUGGCAUAGUCAUCUCCUUCAUGCUGAAAAUGAUUACCACGUGUAGUAGACUGAAAAAUUACACCCAUGUUACCUUAUUUAGAACAAGAAUCUUUGCAGAUCUGAUUUAGGAUCUUGAGAUGGGGAACUUAUCCUAAUUACCCAGGUGGACCCUAAAUGCCGUCACAAAUAUGCAUAUAAGGAAGAGGCAGAGGGCAAUUUGACACAAAGAAAAGAGGAGACUGUGGAGGCAGAGACAGGACUGCUGCGACUGCAAGACAAGGAAUGCCGACAGCCACCAAAAGCUGCAAGAGGCAAGGAGCAGGUUCUCCAUGGAGCCUUUGGGGGUAGCCCGGCCCUGCUGACACCUUGAUUCUGACCCAGUGAAACUGAUGUGGAACUUGUGGCCUCCAGAACUCUCCUGCGGCCCUGUGUGUUCCUGUGUGGCAUGCUGUACCUCCUGUUUCUAGGGGACUCUAGAUUAGGAGGCAGUCACCAAAAUAUUUGGGAACAGUGUAAGAAGCAGCCAGUUUCAUACAGGAGCAGUAAGUAGGAAAGAAGUUGGAAGAAGUAAGAAAGAGUAGAAGAGGGAGCCGAAGUUGGCAGAUUUCAGAAAGCACCAGUGAAAUAUACCUGAAGGAUGCGGCCUGACCAUGGGGUAGAUCAGAAGAAGAGAGUAUCUGCAUUAUGAAACCAGCUGAUUUCAAAUUCCACUGGGUUCUACAGGAACCUCUUUCAAUUGACUGCUCCAACUCAUACAAUGAAAAGAACCCAGCAUCUAUCCAGAGACACUGUGAUAAAAAGGGAGACAAAGAACAGCAAUAUUUCUUAACAGAUGAGGGCUGAUCACCUGAAAAUAUUACCUGGAAACAGUGGAAUUUUGAGCAAUCUUAUCACAAUGAAUUUUUAAAACUUAAUAUACCCUCUGUGAAGAAAUACCGCAAAGCAGAAAUGCAAGAAUUCAAGAAAAAAUGGGAAGAUUGAAAGACAUGAAAUAUGAGCUGAAAAGAAGUAAGGAAAAGUAGAAACUAACAGAAAUGGCAUCUUGUCUCUGGAAAAGGCUGCGUGGCAAGAGGCGGCCAGUGAUGGCAUUCUGCCUCUUGAUGACUCUAUCUGCAAUGGCUGUCACCCACUUUCACCCACAGCGUCCAGCCGCCGGCCCGGACCCUGGACCCAUGGAGCCUCAGGGGGUAACUGGCGCCCCUGCAACCCAUAUCUGGCAGGCUUUGAGCUCUAGCCAGAGGCAGUGGGCAAGAAACAUGGGCUUCUGGAGAGGUCGUGCUUUGCCUAGGAACUCCAUCUUGGUCUGUGCUGAGGAGCAAGGCCACAGAACAAGAGUGCACAGAAGCACAGAGUCCCCAAGAGGGGACCUCAGGCAUCCAGGAAGGGUCAGGAGGGACAUUACUUUGACAGGACAUCCAAGACUCAGUACUCAGCAUUUUGUGCUCCUGAGGGAGGAUGAGGUCGGAGAUCCAGGAGCCAAAGACCUGGGCCACCCCCGGCAUGGCACUUCUACCCAGGACACGCAGAGUGAAAUGGUCACCCUGGUUGGUCCACUCCCAGGGAGUGAUGUGGCAGCUUCACCGGCUUGGAGAACUACUUCUGGGCUGACACUCUGGCCCCAUAGAGCGGCAGGCAGGGAUCUGAUGGGAACUGAGAACAGAGCCUUGACUGGUGGGCGACAAGCAGAGGAUCCCACCAUGGCCUCAGGGACUCAUCAGUGGCCUGGCUCUGUUGGGGAGCUACAAGGGUCAGUAUGGUGUGGCGCUGAGACCCCUGGGCUGUUGAGCAGCUCGAGGACCGGUGGGCAGAUUCCCCCAUGGCUGACAGACCAUGAUGUGCAGAUGCUCCGACUGUUGGCUCAGGGGGAGGUGGUGGGCAAAGCCAGGGUUCCUGCCCAUGGGCAGGUGCUACAGGUUGGCUUCUCUGCUGAGGGUGCCCUUCAGGACAUGUCCCCUCCCAGGCUCAGCCAACUCUGCUCCCAAGGGCUCUGUGGCCUGAUCAAGAGGCCUGGGGACCUGCCUGAGGUCCUGUCCUUCCAUGUAGAUCGUGUGCUGGGGCUGCGCAGGAGCCUGCCUGCUGUGGCCCGCCGCUUCCACAGUCCCCUCCUGCCCUACCGUUACACGGAUGGUGGCACAAGGCCUGUCAUCUGGUGGGCACCCGAUGUGCAGCACCUGGGUGACCCGGAUGAGGAUCAGAACUCUCUGGCCUUGGGCUGGCUGCAGUACCAGGCCCUGCUGGCACACGGUUGCAGCUGGCCAGGCCAGGCCUCAUGCCUGGGCAUCCACCAUACGGAGUGGGCACGCCUGGCGCUCUUCGACUUCCUGUUGCAGGUCCAUGACCGCUUGGAUCGCUACUGUUGUGGCUUUGAGCCUGAGCCCUCAGACCCCUGUGUGGAAGAGGGGCUCCGAGAUAAGUGCCGGAACCCGGCUGAGCUGCGGCUGGUCCACAUCCUGGUCCGGAGCAGUGAUCCAUCUCACCUGGUCUACAUCGAUAAUGCUGGCAACCUUCAGCACCCCGAAGACAAGCUGAACUUUCGGCUGCUGGAGGGCAUAGAUGGGUUUCCUGAGUCUGCUGUGAGGGUUCUCACAUCAGGGUGUCUACAGAACAUGCUGCUUAAGUCGCUGCAGAUGGACCCUGUGUUCUGGGAAAGCCAAGGUGGGGCCCAGGGGCUGAAGCAGGUCCUCCAGACCCUGGAGCGGCGAGGACAGGUGCUGCUGGAACAUAUCCGGAAGCACAACCUUACACUCUUCAGGGAUGAGAACCCGUGAGCCUCACCACAGCCCUGAGUCAAUGAGCAUCCAUUCUGACGGCCACAUCUUCUUGGACUCACUCCUCUUGCGGACAAAUAGGAAAAGCCAGAAGACAGAGAGGCACAAGGAUGUCACAGGAUAUUUUACCUGCCUGGGAUGGUGGAGAAAGGCUCUUCGCCUCAGUGCUUGCUGCUUGCCCAGCUGUUCCCUCUGGAAUGAGAACUGUGUGCCAAGUGAAGCAAACAGCCGGGAAUCAGGAUGUUCCCACCAAUCUUAGAAGAGGCUGUGAAGAUAAGGAACCAAUGGCAGAGGCAGCGGGGAGGAAGAACAGCGGGGUGUCUUGCCUGAGCCCAUACAGAUGGGAGCAGCUGCCUUUCUCCUACAAGGACAUAUUAGAUUUGGGGCCCACCUGGAUAAUCCAGGCAACAUUUCCCAUGGGAUCAUUGUAUACCACAGACUCUGAAUAACACCAGGAAACAGAGCUUUGCCUCCCUAUGUCCAUGUGUCAGGCUCAGUGUGGCCAGAGCUGAUUGCAAGCCUGGCUUUAUGCUGCCGCUGGGGUGGGACCUGGACCCUACGACGUGCACCCUCCUGAAGGGAGGCCCACAAUGCUGGUCCACAGGCCGAUGCUGCCUUGUUUCACUGACUCUGGUGCUGACUGCAGGGGCCUGGCCAGACCAUCAUCGUCACCAGCACUGUGGGCUGGGAGGGUGCAGGGCUGCAUUCCUGCAGAUACCAAUGGUGGCAGCACAUCUCUGCCUCCCUUCCGUCCUUCACUGCAUCUGGAAGAGGACUACUCGGAGGCCUGAAACUGCCCUCCUGUCCUGAAGGGUGGAAACCCUGCUUAACUACAUCUUCCGUCAGCUGUGGGCCACACGGAUUGUCCAGCAGGGCCUGGUGCAGAGGUUGGUACACUUGGACAGCCUGACUAUAUCAGGCUGUGGCUGAGUAGCAACAGCUGGAGGCUGGUCAGGGGCUGAGGAACACUUGAAGCAUUCCUUGUGGGUUUAAGUUCCCAUCUGGGCCCCCUGCCCAGACCUGGCACUCCCCUACUGCCACCCCACCUGCAGCCAACAGGAUGCUCUCAGAGCUGACUCAUGGUGGGGGUCAGGGGGAAGAGGAGCAGAGGCCAAAGGCUGAGGAGCUCUGGCCCAGGGACCCACUGGGUUACUUGUGACAGGCUUUGGUCUAGAGCUGCUUGUGUAUCCCAGACCUCAGCUGUCAGGCUCUUGAUUGCUAAGAUGAAGAUUUAUAAUAAACAGGAUAGAGAAAUGUAAA